CAAAAGUGGCCCGUGUGUGUGUGUGCGUGUGUGUGUCUGAGGACGACGCGAGACGUCCCCUCGAGCCGCGUCCGGUCACAGCGAUGCGAUGCGCCGCGCGCGGACGCGUCUCCUCUCUCCUCUUCCCCACUUUGGCAUCGAUGCGGUUCGGGUGCAGGAGAGCAGUUUCGGGCGUGACCUCGUAGCCGACGCUGGAUUCUUUCUCGUUCACGCGCCGUAAGGGUUUGCGCGUUGUUUAGGUUGUGACUCACGGCGCAGUGGCUCCGCCGCCUCGCGGACCGCGCGCGGGGAGGACUUGUUGCGCGCAUCCGGGGAGAGCGCGCGUCCGCGCGAGCGCUGUUUCGUUUCUUCAGUCCAAGUCCACGCUCUGAUUUGUGAUGGACCGCGGAGGUCAGCGCACACCGGCAGCCUGAAGUCAGACUGCGGCAUCGGGGCGGUCAGUGAGUUUCCUCCAGCCGCUCCGGCGGAUGCUUUUCUGCACUAAAUGGCUUCUGCGCGCCGCCAAGUAGAACUUUAUUCGGGUCAGAUCCGAAGGCUCGGUUGAUCCCCCCCCCCCACCCCCCAUCUCCCGUCACGUCGACAUGUCUGAGCGGGAUGGAAACGGAGACGCGCUGUGCGGCGACGGAGCGCCGGACUUCGUCCCGCCGAGAGCGUCCCGCGGCCGGCGCAGCGGUGUCAUCCAGGACACCGACGCCAUUCUGCUGGAUUCGGUGAAGGCAGCUCCCCGCCGGAGCAGCAUCAUUAAGGAUCCCUCGGUGCAGAAGGUUGGCGGAGGACGGAAGAAGACCGUCUCCUUCAGCAGCAUGCCGUCUGAGAAGAAGGUGAGCAGCGCCGCAGACUGCCUGGCCUUCAUGCAGGGCGGCUGUGAGCUGAAGAAGAUCCGGCCCAACUCCAGGGUCUACUGCCGAUUCUACACGCUGGACCCCGACCUCAGCUGCCUGCGCUGGGAGCCGUCCAAGAAGGACAGCGAGCGCGCUCGGCUGGACGUCUCCAGGGUCCGGGAGGUCCGCACGGGGAAGAGCACCGAGACCUUCCUGCACAACGGCCCCCUCACCGAGCACCUGGCCGAGGAGGCGGCCUUCUCGGUCAUCCACGGGGAGGAUUACCAGUCUCUGGACCUGGUGGCGUUGUCGGCGGACGUGGCCAACAUCUGGGUGACGGGCCUCCGCUACCUGUUGGCCCACCCCUCGGUCAUCGGGGCCGGCGGGAGGGAUGGGGGCCUGUGUGAAGGAGCGGGCGGCUUGGCGGUGGACGGCAGCCCGGGAGGGAAGAUGAGGAGCGAGUGGCUGGCGGCGGAGUUCGCCCAGGUGGACGAGGACGGCUACGGCAUCGUGUCGGAGGACGUGGCCGUCGGCACCAUCUGUAAACUCUGCCCCGGCAUCAAGGAAGCAAAGGUGCGCCUGCGCUUUAAGGAGAUCCAGCGCAGCAAGGAGAAGCUCACCUCCCACGUGACCCGAGAGGAGUUCCACGAGGCCUUCUGCGAGCUCUGCACCCGCCCGGACGUCUACUUCCUGCUGGUGCAGCUGUCCAAAGACCGGGAGUGUCUGGACCCGCAGGACCUGCGUCUCUUCCUGGAGACGGAGCAGGGCUUGUCCCUGGCGACCGCGGAGGGCUGCUGGGAGAUCCUGCGGCGCUGCGAGCCCUCGGCCCAGGGCAAGGAGAAGGGGCUGCUGGGCCUGGACGGAUUCGCCCGCUACCUGCAGUCUCCGGAGUGCCAGCUGCUCGACCCGGAGCACCUGGGGGUCUGCCAGGACAUGAACAUGCCUCUGUCCCACUACUACAUCAGCACCUCGUACCGCUCCUACCUGCUGGAGGACCAGGUGCACGGCAGAGCGGACCUCGGAGGGCUGAUCAGGGCUCUGCGGUCCGGCUGUCGCUGCGUGGAGCUGGGAGUGACCGACGGCCCGGAGGGGGAGCCCCUCCUCGGGGUCGACCACGGGCCGGACAUCCCCCACCAGCACCACCACCACCACCACCACCACCAGCACGCGCCCGUCACCCUCCGCUCUGCCCUGGAGGUGGUCAGCAAGUACGCCUUCCUGACCUCGCAGUACCCGCUCUUGGUGUACUUGUGCCAGCGCUGCUCCCCCGGCCAGCAGCGCACCAUGGCGCAGCAUUUAAAGAAAGUGCUCGGCUCCCGUCUCUACAGGCCGGAGCCCCCCCUCGCUGACCCGGCGGGGCGAGCCACGGCCUUGCUUUCAGCGGAACAUUCUAGAGGACGUCCCCUGAUUUGAAUAUGAAGCAUUCUACAAUAGCAGUUCAUCUCCUAUGAUAAACUAAAAAGUCAGUGCCGGGAGAUGGCCCUACCUGUCGAGUAGGAUUUGGGCGUGGUCAUAUCGGUGCCUCCGCCCUCUCAGCCCAGGAAGCUGCGCCUCCACAAGGAGCUGUCGGACCUGGUGGCGAUCGCUCGCACGGGCAGCCGCGGCUUCUACGCCCAGAGGGCCGGCAAACAGGCCCAGCAGGUGUCCCCGCCCAGCAGCCCCUCCUCCCCCGGCCCGCCGCCGCCGCCGCCGCCUUCCGAGGCGCCUUCCUGGACGCUGUGCUCCCUGGGCGAGGGAGAGGCCGGGCGCCUGACCACGGAGAGCCCGGAGGACCUGGUGAUGUUCACCAAGCGCACCCUGACGAGGGUGCGGCCCAGCUCGGUGCGUCUGGACUCCAGUAACCCCAACCCGCAGGGCUACUGGAAAGGAGGCGUCCAGCUCGUGGCCUUGAACCAGCAGACCCCCGGCGCCAUGCUGGACCUCCACAGGGGUCGCUUCUCCCAGAACGGCGGGUGCGGCUACGUCCUCCGGCCGGCCGUGAUGAGGGACGAGGUGUCCUAUUUCAGCGCCCACACGCAGGGCUGCGUGCCGGGGGUGCCGGCUCAGACUCUACGGAUCAAGGUGAUCAGCGCCCACAACCUGCCCAAGCCUCAGGGAUCGGGGGCGAAGGGGGAGGUCAUUGACCCCUACGUGGUCCUGGAGCUGCACGGCGUACCGGCCGACUGUGCCGAGCAGCGCACGCGCACCGCCGCUCAGAACCAGGACGACCCGCUGUUUGACGAGACCUUUGAGUUCCAGGUGAACAUGCCGGAGCUGGCGCUGCUGCGCUUCGUGGUGCUGGACGACGACUACAUCGGGGACGACUUCAUCGGCCAGUACAGCGUGGCCUUCGAGUGCCUUCAGCCCGGCUACCGCAACGUGCCCCUGCUGGGCAUGGCGGGAGACCCCCUGCCGCACACCAGCCUGUUCGUCCACGUGGCCGUCACCAACCGGGCGGAGGGCGGGAAGGCCCAGCGCCGCGGCCUGUCGGCGAGGAGGGUGGGGAGGCGGGGCCGGGAGUACGUGGCGCUGAGGCACACCGGCAUCAAGGCGGUGGACGAGAGCUUCAAACCGGCCGGCGCCCCCCUGAGGGAGGCCACGGACCUGCGGGAGGAUGCUCAGAGCGCCACGGCCAGCUUCAAGGAGCAGUGUGGGCUCCCCUCUGUGGCCAAGCUGAAGCAGUGCAUCCAGAGCCUGACCACCAGGCUGCAGGGCCCCGAGGGCGCCAUGGGGGCCGCCAUGGUGCUGAGGGAGGGCUACCCGUGUCUGGAGCCGCUCGUCGGCCUCGCGGAGCCGACGCGCAAACUGCUGGCCGCCUACGACGCGAUGAUCGCCGCCCAGAAGCAGCUGAUUGAGAACGCGGACGGCGUCCAGGAGAGGAUCGCCCACGUGCAGAGAGAAGGAAUGGACUUCCACGAGGAACUCUCCCGGCUCGGCGAGAAGGAGGGGCUGAAGGGACGCAAGCAGAGCAAAGCGGUGGAGAGUUUCACCUGGAACAUCACCGUGCUCAAGGGUCAGAACGACCUGCUGCGCGGCGCCCAGAUGGACUCCCUGGACGCCCUGAGGCAGCUCGCUCUCGCCUGCGAAGCCUGCGGACUCGCCUCCGACCCCUCGGCCUCCGCCGAGCUGCACCGCUCCUCCUCCCAGCCUCCGUCCGGGCGCAGGAGCAGCACGCACGGCAACGGGCGCGUCUGACGAGGAGGAGGAGGAUGAGAGGGUGGGGGG